UAAUAAAAGACCAGCUCCCGUUAGCCAUUGUCGUUCUUUCUUCCUUCUCAUUCAAACAAGAGAGAGAGAAGUUAGUGAACUUUCGAGCUGAGAAUAAUAAUAACAAUAAUAUUAGCAGAAGCUAGCCCCGCCAUCUCGCCGCCACUUUUCGCUACCGGAGAAACCAUAUUCUAAACAAAAUUAAAAACAAAAAAACAGUCUCUUCCCUUCUUUCUUUCUUUGUCUGAAUAUUAUUCCUUCUGUACACAUGUUGUGUAACAGUUGAGCAGUUGCAUGCCCAUCACUUUCUUUCUCAUUUCCCGAUCAUAAGCUUCUAAACCAAAAGCACAGAGCUUAAAAAAAAAGAAGAUCUAUUUUGUACACGAUUGAAACGACACCUUCUCCCGUCGUUUUGGUGAUAGCUCGAGAUCCGUGUUUCUUUCUUGGCUUCUGAGCUUUUGGCGGUGGUGUUUUUCUUUUUAUAUAUACAACUAUUUCGAUGAGAGUUAUCAGUGGGAUUACUGGAUAAAUUUAUAAGUAAUGAUGAAGAAGUUGAAGAUUCGGAAAAGUGGCUUUGAGGUCGGCGAGAUUAAGAUUGCCAGCUUAUUUGGCUGAAAAAUUCCAGACUUGGAGUGGGAUGUGUGUUCUGUUCUGUUAGGACAAGAAGAAGAAGAAGAACUCUGUUUUUUUUUUCCUAAGUGUUUCUGGAUUUGUUAAAAGAUUUGGUUGGUGAAUGAGUGGGAGGUGGAGGGAAACUGUUAAAAGAAAGUUAAUACUUUUUUUUGGUGUCUCUCCUAAGUCAUAAUUACAUUUUUGGCAUCUUGGAUCUUUGAAGAAACAAAGUUUGAAAUUUUUGUUUUUAUUAUUUGCUUUUUAAGUUAUAUAUAUAAAUAAGAAGAUGAGAUUGUCUUUAGCUGGGUUUAAUCCUCAUCCUCAUGAAGUUACAGGGGAGAAAAGAGUUCUUAAUUCUGAGCUUUGGCAUGCUUGUGCUGGUCCUCUUGUCUCAUUACCUCCUCUUGGAAGCAGAGUUGUGUAUUUCCCUCAAGGUCACAGUGAACAGGUCGCUGCUUCAACCAAUAAAGAAGUGGAUGCCCAUACACCAAACUAUCCGAGCUUGCAGCCACAGCUUAUCUGUCAGCUUCACAAUGUCACAAUGCAUGCUGAUAUUGAAACAGAUGAAGUCUAUGCACAAAUGACUUUACAGCCGUUGAAUGCGCAAGAGCAAAAAGAUCCUUACCUUCCGGCGGAACUAGGUGUCCCGAAUAGACAACCUACAAACUAUUUUUGUAAAACUCUGACUGCUAGUGAUACCAACACUCAUGGUGGUUUCUCUGUGCCUCGCCGUGCUGCUGAAAAAGUUUUCCCUCCCUUGGAUUACACACAGCAGCCUCCAGCUCAAGAGUUGAUGGCAAGAGAUCUGCAUGAUAAUGAAUGGAAGUUCAGGCAUAUUUUCCGAGGCCAACCCAAAAGACACCUUCUUACUACCGGCUGGAGCGUGUUUGUGAGUGCUAAAAGGCUUGUCGCUGGUGACUCCGUUCUUUUUAUCUGGAACGAUAAAAAUCAGUUACUUCUUGGUAUAAGACGAGCCAACCGGCCACAAACUGUCAUGCCUUCAUCUGUUUUAUCAAGUGACAGUAUGCAUUUAGGCCUUCUUGCUGCUGCUGCUCAUGCAGCCGCCACAAACAGCCGUUUCACCAUCUUCUAUAACCCAAGGGCGUGUCCAUCAGAGUUUGUAAUACCCUUGGCUAAGUACGUGAAAGCUGUUUAUCACACUCGCGUCUCUGUUGGCAUGAGGUUUAGGAUGCUGUUUGAAACCGAAGAAUCAAGUGUACGCAGGUACAUGGGUACAAUAACUGGCAUUUGUGAUCUAAAUCCUGCUCGUUGGUCUAAUUCUCAUUGGCGGUCCGUAAAGGUUGGAUGGGAUGAGUCAACUGCAGGAGAUAGGCAACCAAGGGUGUCCUUGUGGGAGAUUGAGCCUCUAACAACAUUCCCUAUGUAUCCAUCUCCUUUUCCUCUCAGGCUUAAACGUCCUUGGCCUCCUCCAGGUCUCCCAUCUUUUCAUGGUCUUAGGGAAGAUGAUAUGGGUAUGGGCAUGAGUAUGAGUUCACCGCUCAUGUGGGAUCGAGGACUUCAGUCUAUGAACUUUCAAGGUAUGGGAGUAAACCCGUGGAUGCAGCCUAGGCUUGAUGCAUCUGGAUUGCUUGGUGUGCAGAAUGACGUUUACCAAGCAAUGGCUGCAGCUGCAUAUCAAGACAUGAGAGGCAUUGAUCCUGCUAAAGCUGCUGCUUCUCUUCUUCAGUUCCAAAGUCCCUCGGGUUUCUCAAUGCAACCCCCUUCCUUAGUGCAGUCGCAGCUGCUGCAGCAGCAACUCUCUCAGCAGCAUCAGCAACAACUCUCUCAGCAACAGCAGCAGCAGCAACAACAUCAGUCUUAUCUUCCUGAAACCCACCAGCCUCAGUCAGAGGCUCAAUCUCAGCAGCAACAGCAGCAGCAAGUGGUGGACAAUCAUAAUCAGUCUGCUUCCAGUCCAACAACAGCAACAAGAGCUAUGUCUCAGUUUGGUUCUGCUUCUCAGUCAAACAUGUCUCUUCUCCAGUCCAUGACUUCUCUGUGUCAUCAACAAAGCUUCUCAGACACCAAUGGAGGAAACAAUCCCAUCACUCCACUCCACACUCUUCUCAGCAACUUCCCUCAAGACGAGUCUUCUCAGCUGCUCAACCUCACUAGAACAAACUCUACAAUGACUUCUUCCGGCUGGCCAUCAAAACGUCAAGCAGUUGAUUCAUCGUUCCAGCACUCUGGAGCUGGUAACAACAACAACAAUCAAUCAGUUAUGGAGCAGUUAGGACAGUCUCACACAAACAACGUUUCUCCAAAUGUCGUCUCGUUGCCUCCAUUCCCCAGUAGUCAAGAGUGUGAGCAAGAAGAGAACCCCUCAGACCCGCACAGCCAUCUUCUCUUUGGAGUCAACAUUGAUUCAUCUUCCCCUCUGAUGCCAAACGGAAUGUCAAACCUUAGAAGCAUUGGCAUUGGAGGCACUCAACCCUUCACAUCAUCUAGUUUCAACAACGAGUUCUCUGGCAAUCUUGCAUUUACAACGACACCUUCUAGUUGUAUAGACGAACCAGGUUCUCUACAGUCCUCAGAAAACCAACAGUCUAAUACCUUUGUGAAGGUGUACAAGUCAGGGUCUUUUGGAAGAUCGCUAGAUAUAAAGAAGUUCAGCAGCUACAACGAGCUGCGAAGCGAGCUUGCUCGCAUGUUUGGCCUCGAAGGCCAAUUAGAAGAUCCUGUGAGAUCAGGCUGGCAGCUUGUAUUCGUUGACCGAGAGAACGAUGUUCUUCUCCUCGGCGAUGACCCUUGGCCGGAGUUCGUGAGCAGCGUGUGGUGCAUCAAGAUACUCUCACCACAAGAAGUGCAGCAAAUGGGUAAAAGAGGCCUUGAGCUUCUCAACUCUGCUCCAUCCUCCAAUAACGUUGAUAAGGUCCCAAGAAAUGGGAACUGCGAUGACUUUGGGAACCGGUCAGAUCCGAGGAGUCUCGGUAACGGUAUUGCAUCCGUUGGGGGUUCAUUCAACUACUAGACAAGUAGAAAAGAAAAACCCUUUUUCUUGGUAUUCAAGUUAUUAAUUAAGUAUUGAUCCUCUUAGGUACUAGCUUAAUCUGUCUUUAUUACUUAUAAGAAGAGAGCUUUGUGUUGGCCUUUGUGGAAACAGAGAAACUCUAUCUGUCGAACACUGUAAUUAUAAGAUCUUUUGUUUUUGUUUUUGUUUUUACUUAUAUGAAUAUUUUUACUGAACUU